AACUGUACUGACUAUGAGCCUCAUGAUAAUAACCGAUACGAGCUACAUGUCGCUCGCGCAACAUGCAUGCAGUCUGUUCGCUGCUGUUGGGCACCGACUAGAAAAUCUAGUCUCGGAAAGUUCAAAAAAAAACAAUGGUUAUUUUGUUGAGAAUGUAAAGGAUGUAAUUUGUAAUAAGAGCAAAUCACGAGAUUACGAAGACCAGACUUAUCACGAACUGGUACUUCUCUUGCGGAAACACCAGCUGAGUAUUGAAUAUGCCCGUUUGUUGAAUUCUUUAUUUGAAAUGUAUUCAUUUAUGUUACUCUUCGUUACUAUCAUCAUUAUGAGUCUCUUGGGAAUUCAAAUAAUUUCUUUAAUGAAUCAUAAAGAAGAGAUGGUCAGAUAUGUAGCGAUGGUAAUAGGUGCUUUCAUACAUCUUUUCGUUUUGAGUUAUCCCGGCCAAAGAAUAAUGGACCAUAGUGCAGAUAUAUUCCACAAAGCAUACAACAUGUUGUGGUACAAAACGUCGCGAAGAACGACACAGCUAUUGAGUAUAUUACUCUACAGAGGUUUUGUGCCUUGUACAUUAACGGCUGGCAAAAUGUACGUGUUAUCGAUGGCGAAUUAUGCUUCGAUGAUGCAGGCAUCCAUGUCUUAUUUCACCGCCCUUUCGUCCUUCAAAUAAUUUACGAUAAAAAGAAAAGAAGGGAG